GCGGUGGACUGUCUAGUAAGUAACCACUAAUGACUCGUAAGGGGACAUUUUGAUAUUAUUAUCAAACUUCGAUCACACGCCUCUUCGGACGGUUGAAGUAUCGGCAUGUCUACGCACUUGCGUCUUGCGGUCUGAGCCAAUAGCGCUGCAGUAAAUUGCCUAUCCCUUUAACUUGGACCCCACUUGACGAGCGGCUCCUUUCACACAAUCCGGAAAUACAGUACACCGGGAGUCUGGUUCAUUGCCGAGCUCAGUGCUGCUAGAGGGAGAUCGGAGUUGAUGUCCGCGGGGAGCAAGUCGCACAAGAGCACCGGAGUCCUGUAAAUAUGAAGAGGGCGGUCAUCUUUCUGAUCACGGUCUACGUUUCUGUACCAAUCAUAAUCUACCUAUUUCCUUGGAUACUGGGACACGUGGUUUAUUCCCAUCUGUUGAAGGUCCCUUUCUUCGUGGACUUGAGCAGGCCGGACAAGAUACUGAACCACACGACCAACCUCUACCUACCCACGGAGGAGGGCGUCUCGGUGGGCGUGUGGCAUACUCUCCCGGUCAGCCAAUGGGAGCACUCCGCUGGGAAGGGCUCCGAGUGGUACCAGGAGGCCCUCGCAGACGGACGUCCUGUUAUCGUCUAUCUCCAUGGCAACACAGGGACCAGGGCCAUCCACCACAGAGUGGAACUGGUUAAGAUCCUGAGUGCGGCUGGAUACCACGUCGUGUCCUUUGACUACAGAGGGUUCGGCGACUCCAGCGGGGAGCCCAGCGAGGCGGGCCUGACCACCGACGCCCUCUACCUGUACCGCUGGGCCAAACAGCACAGUGGCGGCAGCCACGUCUACCUGUGGGGGCACUCGCUGGGCACGGGAGUGGCCACCAACGCAGCGCUGCAGUCCCAGGAGGAAGGCUCCGUUGUGGACGCCCUGAUUCUCGAAGCUCCGUACACGAGCAUUAGGAAGGCUACAGAGUGCCAUGUCCUGGCCAAGAUGUUUUCCCUUCUGCCUGGGGUUAAAAACCUGCUCACAGAGACCCUGGAGAAGAACAAGCUAGUGUUGGCCAGUGAUGAGAAUUUGAAGAGGCUGGAGAGUCCUCUCCUUGUUCUUCAUGCUGAGGAUGACAAUAUUCUACCCUACCACAUGGGCCAGGAGCUGUACCAGAUCGCUCUGGGGGCCCAGAAGGGGCGUCCCGACGCAGAAGCCCGGGUCCAGAUGGUCUCCUACCGCGCCGCCCUGGGCUACGCCCACGACAACAUUUACCUGGACCCAGACCUGGUCCAGCUCCUGGGGGAUUUCCUCAAAGGUCUGGAGACUUAAUCGUCCUGCCAGAAGGACGGUCCCUCUGUCUGCACUUCUGUCCGUCUGUCUUUCUCGUCUGUCUACCGUCCGGCUUCCUGUCUGUCCUUCUCUAUGUCCGAGCAUGUACACAAUACCAAUUAUGUCAAUAUUGAACAGAAAUGCAUUUUAAAAAGACAUGUUUACGUAUCCCUUGUUUUAACCGCUAACACGGUGGGGGGUCUGCUUUGCGUUGGGAUUGUAUUUGGGACUGGGGAAAAGAUAUAUUAAAAAUAAAGUACAUUUUAUUUAAUAUGUU